CUCUCUCUCUCUCGACAUAUCUCUUUCCACAACUCUUCCUGUCCUUGACGCAUUCUCUCUCUAGAGAGCUCUCUUCCUCCCCCUCCUCUUCUCUCUCUUUCUAUGUAUCUCUCUCUUCCUACACCUCACCUGUCCUUUGACACAUUCUCUCUCUUAGAUAGAUCUCUCUGCCUCCUCUUCUCUCUCUUUCUAUUCAUCUCUCUCUUCCUACACCUCUCCUCUUCCUUUCCUUGACACAUUGAUUCUCUAUCUCUUACACUGUACCUCUCACACACACUCUCUCUCUCUUCCCUUCCUCUCCUUGACACACAGCUACUCUCUCUAUGUUCACAAUGAUUCCUUCCUCAGCUUCAUCUUCCUCGGGUUCUCGGAAGAAGAUGAUGAAGCGUGGCCCAAAAGCCCAACCGGGGACCAAGUGGCGGACCGCGGCGCAGGAGCGGGUAUACGGCCGACGCCUCCUCGAGGCCCUCCGCGCCACUGCCGAACUCGGGCCGCGCGCCGUCAAGGAGGCCGCGGACUCCGCCCUCGCGUUCACCGCCCGCGGCCGGUCCCGGUGGAGCCGCGCCAUCCUCCUCAGCCCCCGCCGCAGGGCGCGCCUCCUCCUCAGGACCGGCAGCAAGAUCCGCCGCGGCCGCAGGCGGGCGAGGGCCGCGGAAGCGGGGGAGAGGGUGAGGGGCCGGCUGCGGGUGCUUCGGCGACUGGUGCCUGGGUGCCGGACGCUGUCGGCUGGGAGCCUUCUGGAGGAAGCGGCCGACUACGUGGCGGCGCUGGAGAUGCAAGUGAAGGCGAUGAGGGCGCUCGCGGAUGCGCUCUCCCCGGCGCCAGCGGCGGCGGAGCCUGGAAGCCGAGGAGGUGUUUGAUGGGGUCUCCUUUCUUGUGUGAUACGAUGGAACGACAAUAAUUAACGUAUAGGAUUGAUGUGAAGACGAUUGGUGGGAAUGUGGUGUAACGCUUGUAGAAUCUCGAUGCUCGUAGACGCAAAUCUUGAUGCAACACCGGCUUUGAUGAUUUGCUAUGCUGCGAUCGAAUCACGGGCUUAAACCGAUUUGGUUAUAUUUGAUAGCAUAACAAUUACGUUGAUACUUAUUA